GCUCUUCCUUGCCGACACUUUCUUCACCCUCAAAUUUCACUCUCAAAAACUUCUUGAUUUUCCACUAUUUUUUUAUUUUUUUUUAAAGCAACCCCAUUUGAUUAACCAAGCUUUUUUCAUCACCACAUCACUAAUUUAAUUUUUCUUUAAUUUUUUUAAAAUAUUUUCUCAGCCUCAGAAUGUAGUUAGAGUUGGUAUAGCUGACGAAUCUUUGGCGGCAAUCCCAUUUUUAAAGCAUGUGUGGGGCUGAAUGGGAACAAAUUUUAGAGAUUGAGAUGAUGAUUUCAAGAAUUGGAAAGACUUUUACCUAGUGAAAAUUUGCAGAGGACUCUGCAAAUAGAGAGAGGAGGAGGAACAAGAGGAUACAAUGACAGUUGAGGCUGUUGAGAAGAAGAAUGUGCUGGUGGGGAUUAGGGUUGACAGCCAUAGCAGAGAGCUGCUGAAUUGGGCUAUAGUGAAAGUUGCAGAACCCGGAGAUUGUGUGGUUGCAGUUCAUGUUAGUCAAGAUCUUUCUUUGAGAGAUAAGCUCUUGUUGGAGGGCUAUUUGGAGGUUCAUGAACGCCUCUGCGAUAUAAAGCAGGUGGAUCUCAUUGGGCAGGUCUUACCAGGAAGAUCAAUCAAAAGGGUUCUGGUGAGAGAGGCCAAGAGAUGUGCUGCUGCAGCUGUUGUUGUGGGGAUAAACUGGAAAAAUGCAAUUGGGGGUUGGGCUUCAAUGGCUAGAUAUUGCGCGAAGAGGCUGCCCUCUGACACUGAAGUUCUCGCUAUUCACAAUGGGAAGGUUGUUUUCAGAAGGUGUUCCAAUGGCCAAAUACCAGGUGAUCCCAGACCGAGCUUUUAUCUACCUGGGAACUCUAAUCCCAGAGAAACACAAUCUGAAUUUGCUGAUUCUGAGGCAUCAGAUAUUGAAAGAGCCAGUUCUGUAGUACUUCAGAGCUAUGAAGAAGGAUCAGAUAAAAGCCUGAAGGACAACAACUUCAGCCUGGGCUAUGAACACAAGAAAGUUUCCAGGAGAUCGAAUUCACUUUUUGUUGGAGACCCUUCAGAGCAAAGGCCUGGUUGGCCCCUACUGCGAAGGACUAAUUCGGUGAUCCCACAGGCUCCAAAUGGAAGAACAAUGUCUGUUGUGCAGUGGGUAAUGAGCUUACCAGACCGUUCUCCGCCAGAAACUCCUCAAUGCCCAGAUAAAACAGAAAGUCCUUUGGGUAGCGGGAUUGGUCACUUCACGAAUAAGAUUAACCAGAAUAGAUCAUCUUCAUGGGUAGAGCUGCCUAAAGAACUAGAACUUCUCCUCAAAACAAACUCAUCUGAUUGCAGGUGGUUCAGUCAUGAGGUUUUGAAAGCUUCAACUUCUCAAUUCUCCUCAGAAAAUCUGAUUGGGAAAGGAGGAUGUAACCGUGUAUACAAGGGUAUUCUUCCAAACAGCAAACAAGUGGCAGUAAAGGUUCUGAAGUCAUCCAAAGAAGCAUGGAAGGAUUUUGCCAUGGAAGUCAAUAUCAUGUCCUCAUUGAAGCACCGACAUAUUGCCCCUCUGCUUGGGAUCUGCCUUGAAGAUAGUCAUCUAAUUUCGGUUUAUGAGUUCUUUUCUAGAGGAAGUUUAGAGGAAAACCUACAUGGUAGCAUCAAACACAAAUCAGCAUUGUCAUGGGAAGUGAGAUUCAAUUUAGCUGUAGGCGUUGCAGAAGCCCUAAACUACUUACACAAUGAGUGUUCUAAACCUGUUAUUCAUAGAGAUAUCAAGUCUUCAAACAUUCUUCUUUCCAAUGAUUUUGAACCACAGUUAGCCGACUUUGGCCUCGCUAUAUGGGGACCCACAACUUCUUCCAUUCUAACACAUGGCGAUGUAGUUGGAACUUUUGGGUAUCUUGCUCCUGAGUAUUUCAUGUAUGGUAAAGUCAGUGAUAAAAUCGAUGUCUACUCUUUUGGUGUGGUUCUCCUUGAAUUAUUAUCAGGAAGAAAGCCAAUUGGUUCUGAGAGCCCCAAGGGCCAAGAAAGCUUGGUGAUGUGGGCAAAACCAAUAUUGGAGAGUGGAAAUCUAAGAAGUAUAAUGGAUCCAGACCUGGAUGGAAAAUUUGAUGAGGUUCAAAUGCAAAGAAUGGUUCUUGCAGCUACACUUUGCAUCACACAGGCAGCCAGGCGUCGCCCCAAAAUAAGCCAGAUACUGAAGCUAUUGAGAGGGGAGAAAGAUGUUGCUAAGUGGGUGAACUCCCAAAUUGAAGAUCAACAUGAUUUAGAGAAUCAGGAUGAAAAUGAUGAUGAAGUUUAUCCAGAUUCAAGUGCAGAGUCACACCUGGGUCUUGCUUUGCUUGAUGUGGAUGAUAAUUUUACAUCAUUCAGCAGCAUGGAGCAAGGCAACCGCCUUUCCUUAGAGGAAUAUAUGAAAGGAAGAUGGAGCAGAUCAUCAAGCUUAGAGUAGCUUCUCUUGUACACUGUUAAAAUACCUUUUCACUUGUACUUUUCACUUGGUGUUUUUAUGCCAAUCUAGGUUGUGGGAUGUGUAGUUUGUCCCCAUAUAGGCAAGGAAAGUAAAUGUUUGCACCCAAUGAUGAGGUGGUUUGUAAAUUUAAAAAUAUAGAAAUCCCAUUGCAUAUUAAGGGAAUCAAACUAGUCUAGUCUUUCAGUUUUGAAAA